AUGAAGGGGGAGCACGGUGACGAGGCCGACUGGUUCCUCAAGGCUGACAACGACACCUUUGUGGCGGUGGACAACCUGCGCUGGAUCCUCUCCAACUACACACCAGAACAACCCAUCUACUUCGGCAAGCGAUUCAAGCUCCACAUCAAGCAAGGCUUCAUGAGUGGUGGCGCAGGCUAUGUCCUAAGCAAGGAAGCAUUACAGCGCUAUGUGAAGGCCUUCCGCACCAAGGUGUGCACCCACACCUCGGCUGUGGAGGACGUGUCUUUGGCACGAUGUAUGGCGUAGAUUGGGGUGCGGCCGGGGGAUUCCAGGGACACAAUGCACAGAGAGACGUUUCACCCCCUUGUCCCUGAGUUUCAUCUGACAAGAAAGUUCGUCAAGACUAACUGGUACUGGAUGGAAAAUUUCUACCUUCCUGCGGAGGGUCCUCAAUGCUGCUCUGACUUGGCCGUAUCCUUCCACUACGUGGACAGUGUCCUCAUGCACACUCUGGAGUACUUCACCUACCACCUGCGGCCCUGGGGCUACCGCUAUCGCUACCGGCCUGCCCUCCCGAAGAGCGAAACAGCUCUCACAGGAGUUAAAGGCAGAACGAGGGAGAAUAAAUUGCCACUGAUUUGUAAUCCUUAA